AUGCCCGUGGCAUUCUCUAGCCACAGCACUGAACUGGAGGAUGCAGAGCUGGAAGCGCAGGAUCUGGAAAGAAGCCUAGAGUUGAUGAUGAGAUCCGUAGUUAGCGGAAUGAUCGGCGGACCAACCCAGUUCACCAGUGCCGAAAUGUACCAAUUUCCGCCAGUAGUUUUUCCAAUACCGGGCCAGACUUCGAUCGCUGUCAACAUGCCCUCCGCCAGCGCUGCCUUUCCGUCGCUGCCGAUUCAACGCUUGCAGCUUCCGUUGUGUCAACAGCUGCAGCUGCAGUUGCAGCAACAACAGCAGGGUGUCCCUACAUCGGUCGCUGUCGACUCCGUGCCUUCCGACCAGGCAGCAUUAACGACCAAGGCGACAGGAGAGUCUACGCACCAGCAGCGAGCAAACGGCAUACAUGGACAGCCGAUAUUACAGAAUGAUGUGUUGUCGCAUAUUGCGCGCAGCUUUGUGGUCAACCUCCACAACAGACAGGCCGAAUUACCAUAUGCAGACGCUUGGCUAGGAAUGAUUCAUAUACUGACCUCGUGUGUGCAACGAGUCGAGUCUCUGCCCGCCAGCGAACAGCUGCGAGAGUUUAUCAACGUGUCUCAGAGGGCCGUUCGGUCAUUUCUCACUGAUAACUUUUUCCACAGCAAUGACAAUCCAACGGAAAGCGACAUGCGGGACGUUGCGAAGAACGUGCAGAACUUCGGAGCCAGUUAUCGAACGGAGUUGCUGAGGAAUGUCGUACAAACCGGUGAGGCAGACGUGGAAGCGAUGGUGCAGGAGUUAGAAAACGAAACUCUCUACCGUAUUAUGCAAAUGUGUUUCAAUCCCUCAUCC